CUCCAAUGACUGCAUUUUCAACAGUUAUAUGAUCUCUGCACAAUAAUAACAAGUCAGAGUCCACCGGAAUGACCCUCGUCCGGGUAUCGUGACCCUCACCUACUCCGUCCGAAGUACUAGGAGACCUUAAAAAGCCACAAAAGGCCGGCCCGCCCAAAACCAUCAACGACGCCCAUUGGCUGCGCUCGAGGCUUUCGCUGCGAUCUCUGCGAAUUCGUUCAUCCCAUCUAGGAAAUCGACCUUUGCUUCUGACUGAGAGGAUAUGAUAGCACGGUGACCAUGCGAGCAUCACUGGCGCUGUUCAAGCGCUCCGCUUGGAAAGGACCGAACGUCGUACCGUUCGCAAACCUCAAACCUGCCGUCGCCGGCAAGACUCCUCCCGUCAUCAAAACCCAAGCCCGAGCGGCCUCCAUAUUGCCCGCCUUCGUCGGAUUACGGUUUGCCGUUCACAACGGGAAGAACUACCAGGAAGUCUACAUCACAGAGGAGAUGGUGGGAAGGAAACUGGGAGAGUUUGUCCCGACGAGAAAACGAUUCACAUACAAGAUGUCCAAGAACAAAUAGAGCUAUCCCCGAGGGUUCGUGUACAACAUCAUCAUCCUUACGAGUGCUAUAUAUGCCUUCCUUAAAAUCGCGAUCUGCUCUGUCAAUAUACAAAGGAGAUCGAUAUCAUAUGGCGGAAACAAAAAGUGUAUAAGAACUGCAAGACGGUAGAGGAUGUUCAAAUACCGGUCAAGCAUUUAUUGGCGUUAAUGUAACGAGGCCAGGGACAAGGCCGGAGACAACUUGCAGCGUGAUACCAGAUUCUACAAUACCAAAACCUCACCAAAAAGAUGUUCUUACCCAUUCUAAGCUUUUGGCCUUAGCGUUCAUCUCGAGCAUAUUCGAUCACUGACCCUGUGCGCACAGUCCAAACAGUCUGCUAUCAUGAAAUCAGAACAACCACAGCCUUUAGGAGGGCGUAAGGGGACACGAGUUUAUCGAAUGAUCCGUCACCCGAGUGGAGGGUCCACCCUUCGGAG